CAGGCAUCAGUUCAGGCAGUCCACAAAAAACGAACAAGCAUCAGCACACUUUCUUCACUACCGCAAGUUCAGUAGCUCUACAGACACAGAGAUCACAAUUCAGUAUCUUCUCUCCAGCAACUUGGGAACAAGAAGGGGAGGAGAUGGCUGGUCCAGCGAAGGCUUCGUGGAUGGUGGCGAUGGGCGUGGGCGCCGUGGAGGCGCUCCAGGACCAGGCCGGGCUCUGCCGCUGGAACUAUGCCCUCAGGUCCAUCCAUCGGACAGCCAAGGCAAAGGCCAACGUCCGCGGCGGCGGCGGCGUCUCGCAAGGCAAGAAGCAGCUUCCGACCUCUGCGGCGGCAGUGACGGAGAGGCGGCGAGCAGACAAGGCCGAGGAGGGGCUGAGGACGGUCAUGUACCUCAGCUGCUGGGGCCCAAACUAGGAGUACUAUAGUAGCUAGAGGUGUUGUGUUCGUCGGAGCAAAGUAUGCAGCCAUGGCCUGAGACCUGGCUGAUUGCCCUUUCCCCACCGUUGUAAGAUACCACGGUGAUGAUGAUGAAAGUUUCGGCCUCAAUUUACGACUGUAUAUCACCCUA